AUGGGAAAAACACGAGGAAAAAGCGACUCCAAGCGGUCGAAGAAUGGCAUGCGGUCGGUUGAGCCCGAAAUUUACAAAGACAAUCGGGCGGAGAAUUUUUUAAGUUUCAAGAAAAAGACCUAUGAUAGCGUGGGGAAGAGCAACAAGACCCGAAAUCGAGCAAUUGAUAAGGGAAAGAUCCAGAUCAAGCCCAAGAAGCGCACUUAUACCGAGAAAGAGCUCAAGAUCCCUAAGCUGAACACAGCACUUAACCCGGUUGGCGUCAAAGUCAAGGGCAAAAAGGGCAAGAAAUUUGCCGACGAAAGCAAGAUUCUACAAAUUAUUGCCGAAGUCAACGAAGAGACGUCUGCUGUUAAUGCUUCUAAACUAGAGAAGGCUCGACAGCUAGAGGAGAUCCGUGAAGCCAAACGAAAGGAGAUCGAAGAGCGGGAACGCCAACAGCAGGAGAAGCUGGAGAAAAAGAAAAAAGAGCUUAAAACCAAGCCCAAGAAGGGCUCUCAAGUCGUCGAGUCGGAGUCGGAGUCGCCUAAACGUAAACGUAAAGUUGCAUUUGCUUAA